UUGACAGGAGGAAGUGCGUUUGUUUACAUCUUUAAUUGGCAAAGAAAAUAUAUGUAACAAAGCUUAAACGCAAAUGACAAGUUAAAAUGGUUGAGCCAAUAUUCGAUUAUCAGUUUCGUCUCAUUUUGAUUGGGGACAGCACUGUAGGAAAAUCGUCAUUACUGAAGUAUUUUACAGAUGGAAAAUUCGACGAAGUGUGCGACCCAACUGUCGGGGUUGACUUCUUUGCCCGACUGUUGGAGGUGAAAAAUGGUGUCAGGGUGAAGUUGCAAUUAUGGGAUACGGCGGGGCAGGAGAGGUUUAGAUCAAUUACCCGGUCAUACUACAGAAAUUCAGUUGGUAUAAUGCUAGUAUUUGAUAUAUCUAAAAGACAAAGUUUUGAUAACAUUACUAGCUGGCUAGGAGAAGCCAAAUUUCAUAUAGAACCCCACCAGGCUGUGUACAUGAUCAUAGGACACAAGGCAGACACUGACUCUGAAAGACAGGUUUCCUACAGAGAGGCCCAGCAGUUUGCACAAAUGAACGGACUCAAGUACAUUGAAACGUCAGCAAAGACUGGUCAAAAUGUGGAGGAAGCAUUCCAGUUGCUUGCCCGUGAUGUGUAUAAACUGUUAGAAGAAGGUAGGGUAAAAAUGGAAGAUGGAUGGGAUGGAAUUAAACCCGGUUUCAGUCGAAGGCCAGAGGAACAUGUACAUUUGGAGGAAGAGGAGACCGCGAGGAAAUGCUGUUGAGAAAUUAUUUUUGUUUUCAAUUGAAUUUUUAGCAUGUGAUAAAUGUUGUUCAAAGUUGUUGUACUUCAUGUGUGCCAUUGAAUUUUAUGUCUCAAAUUGAUGGUGCAUUUCCUUGAUAUUUUAUGUCUCAAAUUGAUGGUGCAUUUCCUUGAUAUUUUCGAUGAUACAAGAUUUGCAGAGUGUUACAUAAUAGUUAAAUUCUUACAGUAAUUAUGUGACAAGGGUUACCCUGUUAAGUUUUUUUAACAUUUUGAAUUUUACUUUGAGUAAUUUCAUAUGUAAUCAGUUGUAUAAAUGCAAUUAAUAUAAUUUUGAUUGAGUUUGUGCAAUUGAAAAGGCUUUUAUAAAAUAGUGGUAGUAAUUGAUUUUUUAUACAAAAUUUGUUUUCCAUACAGAUAUUUUACUUGGGUAGCAGAAUUAAGUAUGCUGGGUAUCAUCUUCAUAUAUAUGGUUAAGUUUUAAACUUGCAACUUUUAAUUACAGUGGCGAUUUUCUGAAUUGUCUUUUGUUUAGAUCAGUAACAGGGUAACAUGGAAUUUCCAUUCAUUCAGUUUCACAUUUCAUUCAAUGUUGGUAUUCUUUUCAUAGUAUCCACUUAAAAUUACUCUUGUCUACAUUGCAUUGAAAAAAAGAGAUGAGGCAGUUAUGUUUUGUGUUGAUUGUGUUUUGUUGGCAAAACUAAAUGAUAUGAUCAAAAAUGUACAUCAAAAUUUUUAUUUAAAAAAAACUGUUACAUUUUUUACUAUGAUAAAAAGCUUACAUGAUGAUGGACCUUUUCUCAAUUUUUCCCGUUAUAAUUAACAUCCUACUAAUGUUGAUGUUUCUUUGAUGUCAACACUUGAUCAAAAUAGUCAUGGGACAGUAACUGAAAUGUUUCAUAGUCUAUGAUUGAACUCAAAAUCAAAAGUAUGCACUUACAGAUCUAUUGUGUCUAAAACAAAAGCUUACCGGCAAUCAAGUAAAAAGCCCAUUAUUAAAUUAUUAAAUAUUUUUCAGUUUGCAAUAAAUAAUAAACUUAAACACAUUAUAGUGAAAACAUGCGAACAUGUAAUUAACUGAUGUGAAUUAAGAGGAACUGUUAUGAAGCAAUUCAUGUUAAAUACCGAUGUAUAUUCUAGAUAUGUUUAUAAUAAAAUCUUAACGUAAUUACGGAUGCAAAAUAGUAUUUGGAAAAUGUACUGGGACAGACUUAGUUGUAAGUGUUUGAAGAUUGGUUUUUCUUUGGUGGUCAGUUAAUGCAAAUAAUAAUUGAUAUAAUACAAUUGAUAGAAUAAUAAUAUUAUUAGAUUAUUUUAUGACACAAAUGUUGUUUGUAUUUAUUCUCUAAUGGCUUAGAAUCUCCUUAUGAUAAUUCAGACAUAAAUAUGGAAGGUUUGUGACUGUUAUUACAUGUAUUUCCUUUGAGAGUUGUAAAUCUGUUAACUGUGAUGCUAUCCUAUUGUAAACCAUUUAAGAGGAAGCCAAGUUCAAGAGGCAUAUUGCUAUUUUCAAACAUUCAUUUAACACCUUACUUGUAAUAUAAAUUAAAGUAUGGUAAACAUAUAACAACAAAGCCAAUACAUGUUGACUGUCUGAUAAUCAGUAUGCAUUUGUUCAAGAAUCUGUUGAUUAAAUAAAAGAAGUAAUGCAAAUAAUCAGAACAUUGUAAUCUUCAGCUAGAUUUGGUGCAAGCUAUGUAAUGAAUCUACUUUUUCAUUUCCAGGAUUUCCAGUCAAAGUAUUAAAUAAAACACUAAAUUCUAAAAAAAUAUUAUAUCUGUUGCCCAUCGAUAAAUUGCCUGUUCUGUAUUGCUAUUUAAUCUGUUUUUUAUUGCUAUUUAUCCUGUUUUUUAUUGCUAUUUAUCCUGUUCUGUAUUGCUAUUUAACCUAUUUUGUAUUUCUAUUUAUCCUGUUCUGUAUUGCUAUUUAGCUGUUCAAAUGGCUUGCUGUCUUUUCAAGAUAGUAUUUUAAGAGAUUGUACUAUGUACUAAAUAGAAAUGUCAAAAUGCUUUAAAUUUAUGUUUAAAUCUUAAUGCAGAAUGUAUUGAGUGGAUACUGUUAUUCUUUUGUCUUAAAUUAUUCUUAUUUUGCCAAAACAUGGUGAUGAUAUAUAAUACACACUGUUUUUGUCCCCUACCGGUUUCGCCGGAGGGGACUUAUGGUUUGCGCUCUGUGUGUCUGUCUGUCUGUCUGUCUGUGAGUCUGUCUGUCACACUUUUCUGGAUCCUGCGAUCCAGAGUUAAGAACUUUAAGAGUUCUUAAUAUUUUUUUCAUGAAACUUGAAACAUGGAUAGAUGGCAAUAUGGACAUUAUGCACGUCAUUUCAUUUUGUUCCUACGUCAAAAAUUCUGGUUGCUACAUGUAUGGCAACAAAUAGACUAGAAAUACUGCUGAAAAUGGUGGUUUUCUGGAUCCUGCGAUAACUUUAAAAGUUCUUAAUAUUUUUUCAUGAAACUUGCAACAUGGAUAGAUGGCAAUAUGGACAUUAUGCAAGUCAUUUCAUUUCGUUCCUACGUCAAAAAUUGUGGUUACUAUGGCAACCAAAAAAAUCAAUACACAAAUCUGAAAAUGGUGGAAUUUCUGACAAUGGUGGAGCCGGUAGGGGACCAUAUUGCUUGACAAUAGCCUUGUUCCUUAUAUUAUUAUAGUUUCGGAAGUUGUUUGUUCUCUGUGAUGUUUUACAUGUAAGUUUUUUGGAUUUUGCAGUAAGCCUUGUAAGAAAUAAUUGUUUAUCCCUAUAUAUACCUAUGCUGAUAAACAUUGCUAUUAAAACGCAGAAUUUAAGUUACUGACGAAUUUAUCGAGCUCAAACUAUACAUCUUAAAAACGUCCAUUCCAUUAAAUGUAUAUUCAGAAUGAACUUAUUAUUGGGUAACUAAACAUUGUGUGGUUAUUAUUAGAUAACAAAAUCCAUAGUGUAAAAUAGAUUUUAAGUUUUUACUCAAGUACACGUUAUUGACUUUUAAAAUUUAGAUUAUGAUACUUUUAUCGUUAAAAAAUUGUAGUAUAACAUACUGCUUAUACUGUCUACAUUGUUCAAUUAUCUCAAUUCAUUUUAAUUCUGUGACAUAGUCAUGUUAAUGGUAUAUACUAGUGCAUAGAUUUACUUAUAACCCCAGGUCAUGUUAAGUUUAAAUAAGACUCCACAUUUUUUAUAUAACAUCAAUAUUAUAUUUGCAGUUACUGUUGAUUUGGCAGAGUAAUUUGUGUAAUCAGUAACUGGAUCUAUAAG